GUCUAAUCGUCGUGCAUGCGUGCCACGCCACAUGAUACAUGUACAGUGCAGUGACUGCCUUGUCAUGAAACAGUCGUAGGUGCAUCCCCGAUCUACAUGUGGAGUUUGUUUACCGACGCAGGUCAUGGUCGUGUUUACAUACUGUAUAAAAAUGUCCAUGGUGGCGUGCAUGUAGAAAUGGGUUGAUAGAUCAAAGCCAUCAAUGAUCGCUGUAUGAUGUCUGUGCCAUAGUGGUUGAAAUUCACGGAUUUGCAGCCCAAAAAAUAAUCCGGUGGCAUCAUCCAGUGGCAGUCUAGACUUGAAAGUGAUGAGCCACACCCGUACAAUAAUCCACAUCGACCUUGACUGCUAUUAUGCACAGGUUGAAAUGGUCAGAAACCCAGCCCUUCGAACCAAGCCACUCGGGAUACAGCAGAAGUACCUGUUAGUGACUUGCAACUACGUUGCCAGGGCGCGCGGCGUGACCAAACUGAUGAGAAUAACCGAUGCUCUACAGCGAUGUCCGGACUUGGUCAUCGUCAAUGGGGAAGAUCUGACACACUACAGGGAGAUGUCCUACAGAAUUACAGAGCUUCUUCAGCAGUUCAGCCCCUUGGUGGAGAGGCUAGGAUUUGAUGAGAAUUUCAUCGAUGUGAGCCAUCUCGUGUCUCAACGCUUGCAAAGAGAAGAAGGAAGAACAGAAGUCUUUGGUCACGUGUACGGAGAAACAGCUACAAAUUCUGUUGUUGCUAUAGAAACCAACUCUCCGCCAAUCUGCACCUGUGGUUGUCACCAACGCCUCCUCCUCGCCUCGCACAUCGCCCACGAGAUGCGCGAAGCCCUCUGGACCCAGCUGGGUCUGACAAGCUGUGCCGGGGUCGCCCACAACAAGUUGCUUGCCAAGCUGGUGGGCUCAACUCACAAACCCAACGACCAGACGACACUGUACCCUCACAUGCUGGGCAGUCUGAUGGCAAGCCUGACUAAAGUCACUCAGGUUCCAGGCAUCGGCCAUUCAACUGGUAAAAAGCUAUCAUCCAUGGGGAUCACCACAUUGGAUCAGUUGAUCGAGGCCCCAUUAUCGGUGCUGAAGGAAGAGUUUGGGUACCAGACAGCAUGUACGAUGCAGAAGUUGUGCCAAGGACAUGAUGAAUCUCCAGUUGUACAGUCUGGUCCCCCACAGUCAAUAAGUGAUGAGGAUUCAUUUAGGAAGUGCAGCAGUCUUCAAGAAGCUCAAGUCAAGAUGAAGGCACUUCUCUGCAGUCUCCUGCAAAGAUUGAGAAAGGAUGGGAGGCAGCCCCAUACAUUAAGACUGAGUGUGCGGAAAUACUCCAGGGUGCAUAAAUGGACACGUGAGAGCAGACAGUGUGGGAUGCCUGAUGGGAUUCUACACAGCUUGCAGUCCGAUGAAGAUGGCACAGCGAGUAAACUGCUAGACCUCUGUGUUGGACUCUUCCACAAGAUGGUGGACACCUCCCAGCCCUUUCAUCUCACACUGAUAAGUGUGUGCUUCGCCAAGUUUCAAUCGCAGAGCAGGACAACUUCAGAUAUCACCAAAUUCUUCUCGCCAAGAUCUGUAAAGAAAGGGUGUUAUGGCGAUACAUCCAACAAUGAUAACUUUACUGUAACAGAGGAGAGUUACAUUGAGAAGUCUGAAGCCUGCUCACUAACAGCCACUGAUGUUCCAUCUGCAUUCGUAAGAGAAGACGGCAAUUUACACAAUUUGAGUGAAAGCGUCAUUCCAUCGAGUUCCAAUGUUAAAUUGGAGAACAAGCUGCAUCAGAGUGGUUGCAGUGAUAACGAUCGGCUUCUGCCUUCCCAAGCCAGCAGUUGCUCGGCAACUAAAGGUGGAUCUAAUAAUAAAAUUGGAGGAAUCAGAAAUUCUAACAGAGAAACAAAUCAGUGUACAGUAACCAUGAGUGGCCAUCCAUCUUCAUUAACCAAGACAGAGAACGAACAAGCAGUUAGCGAUGCUAGCAUUUCGCCACAUAAGAGGCAGUCGUUCUUUGCCCAGAAAUCAGAAACUGCAACUUCAUCACAGAUAAGAGGGACAGUGGAUCGCAACACACGGGCAAGUGAUAGAGACUGUCGACAAACUGCAUACUCGACAUCAUCGGGGCACCAGAAAGUAUCAUUUGACAGUGCUAGUUCUAAAAAAACUGCAAAUGAUGAGCAGUUUGCUUUGACAUCUGAACACGCUGACAUCGCACCUGCUGUUGUACCUCCAAACGUUGACCCCUUGGUGUUUGCAGAACUACCUUCUGAACUGCAACAAGAAUUAACAAAUGAGUGGAGGAACAUGCGACACGACAAUUCCAAGCCCAGAUCAACAUGUACAUGUACAUCACAAGCAUCUAGUGACUCUCAACACAUCGAGCUUACAGGCAUUGAUCAGUCUGUUUUUGAAGAGCUACCCCCGGAUAUACAGAGGGAAGUACUAGAGCAACAGAAACAGAAGAAACGGACACUGACCAGUCACUCUCCUCAAAGUGAAAGAACGUUGCACGCCAAAAGGCCAAGGACUGUGAAAACAUCACCGAAUAAAGCCGCAGGAAAAAGUACAACUAUCAAGGAUUUCUUCACCCGGAAAUGAAUUUUAGCACGAAUAAAGAGAACAAAGACCAAAUUUUGACACAAUAUAUAUCAUAAAGUAUAUAUUUUUUUAAUCAAUAAAGUACUGCAUGUUUUAAAACUUGCAUUUUAAGAACAAUGAAUAUGUUAUCGCAAAUUUUACAAAUAUUUAUAUACCAAUCCAAGUACGCUGCCACUGUGCACUCAAAGAGACCUUCAGUGGUGAAAGCAUUGUGCUAGCUAUUGUUCAGAUAAUCCGUCAUGGGGCACUUGCUUUAUAUAAUAGCAGGCACAAUACAUUCGCCAUUGAAGGGGGCCUCAGUGAAAUGAAUGCAGUGAUAAUGUGCUCCAAUAAGCCAGUUCCGUAUCUUGAUCAAGUAGUCC